GUUAGGCAGGGCAGUAUGGUCGCUGGCUGGACACUCGUGAAAACUUUUCCUGCUGUGCGGUGUCUGUGUCAGACACACGAGGGAUGGGUGGGAUUGCUCAGGAACGUCUCUGGCCUACCAGCUCUGACAGCGGCGCGGCACUGUGACAGCUGCCGUUGUUACUCCCGUCUGUUCUUAUCCAGAGGUCGGCUUUUAAACACUCCAGGUUGUGGUUUGUGUCGUGUGGUUUUACCCUGUACUGUCGAGGAGUAUCAAGUGGGCCAGCUGUUCUCAGUGGCUGAAGCAAGUAAAAAUGAGACGGGUGGUGGUGAUGGCAUCGAGGUGCUGGUGAACGAGCCCUACGAAAAAGAUGGCGAAAAAGGACAGUACACGCACAAGAUCUACCACAUAGCAAAUAAGGUCCCAGGGUUUUUAAGACGACUAGCUCCUGCAAAUGCCCUUGAAUUCCAUGAAAAAGCCUGGAAUGCCUAUCCUUACUGCAGAACCAUUGUGACGAACGAGUACAUGAAAGACAAUUUCAUUAUUAAAAUUGAGACAUGGCACAAACCGGACCUCGGAACAAUAGAAAAUGUGCACAAGUUGGACAGCUACACGUGGAAGGAUGUAACUGUUGUGCCCAUUGACAUUGCAGACAGAAGUCAAGUGUCCGCCGCUGACUACAAGGAAUCUGAGGACCCUGCUUGUUUCAAGUCGACUAAGACCUGCAGAGGACCCCUGGGGCCCAACUGGAAGAAAGAGCUGGUGAACUCCCAGAACAGAAUGUGUGCCUACAAGCUGGUCACAGUCAACUUCAAGUGGUGGGGCCUGCAGAAAAGAGUGGAGAACCUCAUCCAUGAGCAAGAAAAGAGGAUCUUCACUAACUUCCACCGCCAGCUCUUCUGUACGAUUGAUAAGUGGGUGGAUCUGACGAUGGAUGAUAUCCGGCGGAUGGAGGAGGAGACACAGAAGGAGCUUGCUGAUAUGCGUAGAAAGGGCUCUUUGCAAGGUACAAAGGCUUCAGACUAGUAGCCAGGCCAGCUGUAGGCCUGGGUCUUGCUGUCUUCGUGAAAAGGGUAAUUUACGAGGAACCAGCGCCGCAGACGCAUGAAAAGGCAAAGGAUUUUAAACACCCACGAUGACAGCAGCGAUGGAGACGAAGAGGGCUCCUUUGGUGCCAUUUUUACCUGAACUUCUGGAGAGAUAAGAGGAGCUUCUCGCAGUAGACUUUUUUUUUUUUUUUUCUCUUACAAAAGCAAAAUUAAUUGGCUUGAUUCCACGGUGGCAGGUGUUGGACCAAAAUAUGUCCUCUUUAUUAUUUUGAUUUCCCUUUCUUUAUUAUCCCCAAAACAUUCCUCUCAAGAUGCCCCUUCUGACCUCCCUUUGUGUCCUCCUCAGUUUUAACUGUAUACACUGAGGCUAUGUGGUUUGCAUUCCCCAGCAUGAGUCUGUCUGUUUGUCAUACUCAUGUUCCUUCCUGCCACAGCCUCCAUUAUGAGAUUACUAACACCCUUUGGCGCCUUGGCCCAUUGUAAUCCUUCCCCCUCGCCCCCACUUUACCCAAAGCACUGCAUCUUAUUAACACUGACAAUCAUGCCCGCACAGGUAUUCACUCUCACUCAUACAGAUUUAAUAGAAAGCCACACGCGCAUGCAUGUGCCAUAUAUACAUCAUGGAUGUGAGGACAAACGUGAAAUCACCCUCACAGGUACACACACACACACACACUCACAGGUGUGGAUGCCUUUGUAGUGACUGAUCCUUUUUAAAAGCUGAAGCUGGGCAGAUCCAUGCAAGCCUGCUCAGUUAAAGGAUGUUACUUUGGAAGUGUUUACAGCUCACAGAUUUGCUUUUUUUUUUUCUUUUUUUUUUAACCCACACACUGCCUAUUCUACAGACAUUCACACAUAACAUACAACACAGCAUUCACCUCCCCAACAGAUGUCCCCAGAGAAAAACUGCACUGAAAAACAGCCACAGAUGGUGCUACACCCCUCCAGCCUCUGUCACAAGCCAAACUGCACCGCACUGCUCGCCCCACCUCACCCAGCCCACCCCGGAGGUCUGUCUCACUCAUCUGGGUCUCUGAGGGAGGCCGUUUCUGAAAGGCCUCUUCUUCUGCAUCAUUCUAGGUGUUGUUAUAGAUUAUUAGCAGCCUUACCAGUGCCCAGUCAACACCAGCACCGCACAUUGCGCGCCUUAAUCUCUGGGAUUAUUAUUAUUAUUAUUAUUAUUAUUAUUAUUAUUAUUAUUAUUAUUAUUAUUAUUAUUAUUAUUAUUAUUAUUAUUAUUAUUCCUCUGUGGCCUGCUAUUGCUCUAGCUACCUCCUGUGUUUCUGACUGGCAGUUUUCCUGACACCUUUUAAAAGGUUAGCACUAGCUGUUACUUACUAGUUGUUAGGAGUAAAUCAUGACAGACAUAGCUUUAUAAGGAAAGUCUUUUUUUUCCCUUUUUUUUUUUUCCCCCUCUCUGUGUUUCCCGAUAUGUGUCACACACCUGAACAAGUGCAAUUCCUUCAGCAAGCAAAAAUGUGUACGCUUCAGCCAGAACAGCCUGAAUACAGUUGUUCCUGCAAAGGGCUGCAGAUGUGCAUCUUUUCCUCAGAUAAGCUGCUGAGGGAUAUGCCAUAUUAUAGACUUUUCAACUCCAUAAAGCACUUUUCUCACUUCAGAAUCAUGUGGCUUUGGACUUCAGUGUUACUCACUGCUGUUACAUGCAUAUAUAGUACAGGUUAUUUUUCUCAUUUGAUCUUCACUGGUGGUCUUUGUUUUUUGUGUUUUUUGUUUGUUUUUUUGUGGCGUCUUUAAAUUAAUUUGUGCAAGUGGAAUUGGGUUUAUUUUUAGAGAUCUGUUCUCAUUUCAAGAUAUGGAUGUAAUCAAAUUUCUGGGGUCAAAGAUCCUGAUGUUUUUAUUCUCUGUAAACUGUAUGAGGGAAUGUGAUCACUUCCUCAGUAAUAGGUUAUUGGCUUGUCCAAAGAGUCUGAGUGGAUUUCUGAUGUGUUUACAUGGAUUUAGCAAUGGUCAUCUAGGAACAUUUUUGAGGCAAUAUUUCUCAUGAUGAAAAGAAAAAAAACAAUUCUUCUCAGGUGAACAAUACAACACGAGGAUCUUUGUAAUGUUGUUAGUCAUCAGUUGCCCCAAGCGGUUAACGUUUCCCCCAUACUGUAUCUUCUGUGGGGAAAUAUGGUAAUACAGUUAUUACGCGAUGGGAAGUGGUUGUAAUGUAACCUGAUCUGAUGUAUCGCAGUGUGUGUGUGUAUAUAUAAGACAACCAGUUGGUGUACUGUACUGGGUUUGUAUGCUUAAGAAUGACAAUUCAAUCUUCAGUGUGAUUGAUGUUUCCGAGUCUGUCAUAAUGACUCCUGCUGUCUGUUGGAUAGAGGACUGAGUGGCUAAAGAGAAUCAAUGGUUUACCGUCUGUCAAGACAAAGAUAUGUGGGAGAGGACGUAUUCACAAAGAAACUGUACUGUCUUAUCCUAAUUUAAUUUAAUUUCUGAACAGCUUUGCUUUUAAAAUGUUGCUGAUCAGCUUUUGAAAUUCAGGGGACAUGGUAGUGAAUGUAUGACAUCUUGUGCCUUUUCUUUCUGUAGGUCUUUCUGUGUGCCUUAUGUCUACAUAUUGUAUCUAAAUAUCAAAUAAAUUUUCAUCUGGAAAGUAA